UGAAAGACAUGCAAAAUCCGGAGACUGGGGUCAGAAUGCAGAACCAGAGGGUCCUGGUCACCAGCGUCCCUCAUGCCAUGACAGGAGGUGAUGUUCUACAGUGGAUUGUUCAGCGCCUUUGGAUCUCCAAUCUGGAGGCACAGAAUUUGGGCAACUUUAUUGUUAAGUAUGGUUACAUUUACCCUCUGCAAGACCCCAAGAAUCUCAUUCUCAAGCCUGACAGCAGCCUCUACCGUUUUCAGACACCAUAUUUCUGGCCCACCCAGCAGUGGCCAGCUGAAGAUACAGAUUAUGCCAUUUAUCUAGCCAAGCGAAAUAUCAAGAAGAAAGGGAUUUUAGAGGAAUAUGAAAAGGAAAAUUACAAUUUCUUGAAUAAGAAAAUUAACUACAAGUGGGACUUUGUUAUCAUGCAGGCCAAAGAGCAGUACAGGUGAGUAUAAAGG